AUUCCCCCCACAAGGUUCUCUCUCUGUCCCUCCCGCUAGCCCCACGCACAGCCGGCGACGUCCUCUCCAAUCUCGCUAUUGACCACCGUCGUCACCCGAUUCGCCGGCUACCUCCGCCCAUCUCAGCCCUCGCCUCUUCCUCUACCCGUUUUCCACGACGCCCCCCAGGCCCGCCGCCGCCAUCGUCGUCGGCCUCGCCGCUCUCAACGCUCCCUUCUCCGAAAAGCCACCGCCUCCGCAGACCGCUCCAACACAUCCCGAGGCCACUUCCGCUCUUCGACUCCCUCCCGUCUCUCUUCCCCCGCAGCGGCGACCCUCCGACGCGGGCGCCGCGAGGCGGGGCGUUGACACCCGAACCCAACCCAGCCCGAGACGCCCGAAAAGGGCAGGAGCUCCCUUUUCCGUUUCCUGCGUCAUCUUCCUCGCUUUCCGCGGGAGGAAAAACCUUUUCUCGGUUCCAAAAACAGAGGGAAAACAAUUUCACCGCACGGCCUUAUACACGCGAUUUCAAUUCGUCGUCCAGUCACGAAUUCCCUCUUGCUUCUGGUUCGUUCCCCGCGUCUGAUCCGCUCCUCGUCCGCCUCCUCGCCGCGGAUCGAAGUCGCGUGGGCGUGUGGCGGCGGCUGUGGUGGUUGACUGGUUGCUAGGGUUGGAGCUCCGGGAGGAUGGCGAGCCACGUCGCCGGGGCGGCGGCUGGAUCCGACGCCCCGCACGCUGAGGUUGUCAGUAUGGGACAGAUAAAUCCAUCUCCUUGUCCACCUCUAUCUUCCAGUCAUCAACCAUGGUCCUCGGCCAGUGGGUCAGUAACGGUUUCAUGGAAUAACCAAGUGGAUAAAGCUAGCCAGGAUACAGUUUACUAUGAUCCACAAAGGGAUGUAUCAGUUGCAGGAGGGAAUCAAAAUGUAGGUAGCAGUGCGCCUCAUGCUGCCCAGUCGAGUAUGGGGAUGACAGAUGCAUCUCAUUCUCAUGUGCCUUACUCCAGUUCAGUUCAACAUAGCUACAAUCCUGUAGAAUAUGCCAACUAUUAUUAUAGCUACCCACAAGCUGCAAAUGAUUCUUCUGUCCAGCAAGGAGCAAACCAACAUCCAGGUGCAGCUUAUCAGCCUCUUACUUCAUUUCAAAAUUCAGGGUCUUACAUUGAUCCUACAAGUAACACAUAUUACAAUGCUGGGGGUCAUCAGACUGUGCCAGGAUAUGGAAGCGGCAGCUACUAUUAUCAGAACAACACAUGGGAUUCUGGAAGCUCAGGGAAUAAUUAUGCUCAAUCGUACCAAAACUACUCAUCGUCUGAUACAAAUGCACUCCAGAGUUCCACUUCAAUGCCUGCCAAUUCCGUACCAUAUCAGCAGCAGUAUAACCAGUGGCCGUACUAUUACAAUCAAUCUGUGCCAAGUGCUUCUAGCAAUCCAGUUACUGGAAAGAGUACUACAGAUAAUGUAGCAGUUAACACCCCCGCUGGUUAUUCCUAUCCUUCUAGCCAGCCACCUCCGCCAGGCACGACAUCAUGGAAAAUUAAUUCAGUUGCUUCUGUUGCACCUCCUAUGCAGGCUCCAGGUGUUUCAGGACCUCAAAAUCAAUACGCUAACCAGGCACAAGAUCAUGCCAACCAGGCGCCAGGUGUUCCAUGGUCUCAAAACCAUUAUGCCUACCAGGCACAGGCAUACCCUCAGAAGACUAUGAAUUCGAAUCAUGCACCGCUAAUCAACCCUGAAGAUCCGCAGAGGACUGUAGACCCUAUAGGUCGAAGCUCGAAUACUUUGUCGAACCAUGUUUCUGAAAAUUUUCAACCAAACUUGCAGGGUUCCAUGACAACAAAUACUUCCAGUGAAAGCAAAAUACAGAUUCCAACCAAUCCUCGAAUUGCUCCUGGUUUCUCCAUGGUGAUACCGAAGAGUGAGAAGAAAAAUUUAGGACCUGAUUUAUCCAAGAAGCCUGCCUAUGUUAGCGUCUCCAUGCCAACAAACGAUGCUAAAGCAACUCAAGUUGGUCCUGAUGCUAGAUCUAUGCCGUUUUCACUCCGUAAUUAUACUAUAAGGAACCUCAAUCGUUGCAAAGAUGAUGCCCAAAGGGCAGCCUGCCGAAGUAUAAUGGAAGAGAUCACAAGAAAAGCUAUCGCUGAUGGAACCCUUCUUACUAAGAAUUGGGAUACUGAACCACUACUCCCUUUGCCAGAAAGUGUUGCGGGCACAACUGAGGCAAGCAGUGCAAACCAUUCAAGUCUCUUCUCAUCAACACCUACCCCAAGGAAACGUGUGAAAAGUAGGUGGGAGCCUGCUGUGGACGAAAAAGUUACCAAUAAGGUGGAACAAAUAGCAAAAGGAUUGGUCAACAGUAAUAUACACAAUUCCUUCGAACCUAAAAAUAGAACGGGUAGCAGUUGGGAUCACGGGAAGUUUCUCCAGUCUCACCAAGCACCUUUAAACAAAGUCAAUCAGAGGCCUGCCAAGAAGCAAAAAUUCACUAGUAAUCCAAGUCAAGUACAGAAUGGAAAUGCUUCAAGUGACAGUGAUAAGGAGCAGGAUCUAACCAAAUAUUAUGCCAGUGCAACUGCACUAGCAAAUUCACCCGAGGAAAAGAAACGUAGGGAGCAUAGAUCUAAGCGUUUUGAAAGCAGUCAGGAUUCGUCAUUAAAAUCAAGAAACUCUUCUGCAAAUAAAGAUGCAAUUGCUAAUAUGCAUAGAAGAAGGGCUGUUUCUUCUCAUCUUGGUAGAACUUAUGAAGAAGGCACUAGGGCUGUGGAAGAUAUGGAUUGGGAUGCUCUGACAAUCAAGGGAACAUGUCAGGAAAUUGAGAAAAAAUAUCUACGGCUUACAUCGGCACCUGAUCCAUCCAUAGUAAGGCCAGAAGAAGUCCUGGAGAAGGCCCUUGCAAUGGUUGAAACAUCUCAAAAGAAUUAUUUUUACAAGUGUGAUCAAUUAAAAUCUAUUCGCCAAGAUCUUACAGUUCAGAGAAUCCAGAAUGAACUAACCGUAAAGGUUUACGAAACUCAUGCACGUUUAGCAAUGCAAGCUGGCGAUUUACCCGAAUAUAACCAGUGCCAGUCGCAACUGAAGAGGUUAUACGCAGAAGGAAUCAAGGGUUGCUAUUUUGAAUUUUCUGCUUACAAUUUGCUCUGUGUCAUGCUGCACUCUAAUAAUAAACGAGACUUGCUGUCAUCAAUGGCGAGCUUAUCAAAAGAAGCCAAACAAGAUGCAGCUGUUAAGCAUGCCCUUGCAGUUCACGCUGCCGUUUUAUCUGGCAAUUAUGUCCUAUUUUUUAAGCUAUACAAGAAGGCACCCAAUUUGAACUCGUGCCUCAUGGAUCUGCAUGUGGAACGGAUGCGCUUUGAAGCCAUGAAAUGCAUGUCUAGAUCAUAUCGCCCAACUGUACCUGUGGGAUAUGUUGCGCAAAUUUUGGGAUUCUUGAGAACAGAUAGUGAAGGUUGUACGGCUGAUGGGGAUGAUGGCAUAGAAGAAUGCGAGAAAUGGUUGAAAGCACAUGGAACGGUUCUUUCAGGAGAUAACGGUGGAGAAUUGCAGAUAGAUAUGAAGGCUUCUUCUGCCACACUUUACAUGCCAGAGCCAGAGAAUGCUGUUGCACAUGGUGAUGCAUCACUUGCCGUUGAUGACUUUUUGGCACGGACAUCGUAAAAGGUGUAGUAGCGACAGAUUGACAGUGGGUACUUAUUGGUGCUGAGCUGCGAAGGUACUGCACUUCUUCCGUAGAAAAAUAUGCAACGGGAGCAUCAAAUGGAGCAGCUCAAGCAUGCUUACAGAGGUCAAGAGUCUGAGCAAGGAUGUGCUCAUCUGGUUCUGGGCUUUCGGCACUUGUUAUAAUCGGUCCUUCAUCCAUCCAGAGUCCAUGGGCAAACCCUGAACUCUGAAGCAGGGUUACUCGACACGAACACGAGCCACCAGCAUGGCGCUGCAAGUUUAUGCGCGGGUGUGGCGUAUCACAAGUUUACAAAUACCAAUUAGAAGGCCUUCAGAGAAACAUGACCAAGCAUAUACAGAAUACAUGCGUGUUUUUUUGGGGUGGGGGCACCUUUUUCUGGCUGUGGCUGCCCCCAUUUAAAACUAUUUUUUCUUGCACAUAACGUUGUUUUCCUAUAGAAAUAUAUCUUACAUCAUUCGAGCCAACCGAGUACUGAUACUAAA